AUGGGUGGAGGACCGAUAAAUCCAGUUCUGAACUCUCUUUCUGGGAAAUCUCUCACCCUUCGACGAGCAACCAAAGAUGACCUGGACGACAUCACCUGGAUUGUAAGAGAUGGAUCCCCCGAUGAUCCAGGUACUGAUUACAGAUUCCCAUACCGUGAUAAAUAUCCAGCAGAUUUCUGGAAAUGGUCCAAGGUCGAGUGUGAGGAAUACUUCGAUCGACCUGAUAAACUCGUCGUUCUGGUGGUGACAGCACCAAUUCUUGACGAUGGACAAAUCAUACACCAGCCUAUCUCAUUCGGAGUUUGGGACAUCGCAGUCACAAGUGAUUUUAUACCAGGAGACCACGGCAUCCACGAAAGACGCGAUGCGAACGCCACUCAUAUGAGAGCUUACUUGCACGACUUAUCAGACGGGAUAAAGAAAAACUUUAGGCAAUUCGGAAAAGAGCAGAUUGCCCUAGGGCGGCUGGUGACUCACCCUGACUUUCGUCGGCGCGGAGCUGCAACUAUGAUCUGCGAAUGGGGUCAGAGGGAGGCUUCCAAAGACGGGAAAAGCUUGAGUUUACUAGCUACGCCGAUGGGAAAGCCGCUGUAUUUGAGCCUGGGAUAUAACAUUAUUGGAAAGGUGGUUGUGCAGGUUGACGGAGAGGAGGAGAGGCUUGAGGUUGAUGCUAUGGUGAAGCAUAAUUGA